AGCUCUCAUCCUCUGCCCAGUCUCCGUUCCAGCCGUCGAGGGAUGCGAACUUGGGAAUGGAGUUGGCCCUCCCCAGCCCGGUGCUGACGGAGAGGACCAUCUGAGGCCAGCUUUGUUCGCGGGGAGGAGGGCGCUGGCCUGGCCUGCAUCCCCACCAUGUUCCUGCUGCUGCCUUUCGACAGCCUGAUUGUCAGCCUCCUGGGCAUCUCCCUGACGGUCCUCUUCACCCUCCUGCUGGUUUUCAUCAUCGUCCCCGCCGUUUUCGGAGUCUCCUUUGGUAUCCGAAAGCUCUACAUGAAAACUCUGUUAAAGAUCUUUGCGUGGGCUACCUUGAGGAUGGAGAGAGGAGCCAAGGAGAAGAACCACCAGCUUUACAAGCCCUACACCAAUGGAAUCAUUGCAAAAGACCCCACGUCACUAGAGGAGGAGAUCAAAGAAAUCCGCCGGAGUGGGAGCAGUAAGGCCCUGGACAACACUCCCGAGUUUGAGCUCUCAGACAUUUUCUAUUUCUGCCGGAAAGGAAUGGAGACCAUCAUGGACGACGAGGUGACCAAGAGGUUCUCGGCAGAGGAGCUGGAGUCCUGGAACCUACUGAGCAGGACCAAUUAUAACUUCCAGUACAUCAGCCUGCGGCUCACUGUGCUGUGGGGCUUGGGCGUACUCAUCCGCUACUGCUUCCUGCUGCCGCUCAGGAUAGCUCUCGCUUUCACGGGGAUCAGCCUCCUGGUGGUGGGCACAACGAUGGUGGGGUACCUGCCAAACGGGAGGUUCAAGGAGUUCCUGAGCAAGCACGUUCACCUCAUGUGCUACCGGAUUUGCGUGCGCGCUCUGACGGCCAUCAUCACCUACCACGACAGGAAGAACCGGCCUAGAAACGGCGGCAUCUGCGUGGCUAACCACACGUCUCCCAUUGACGUCAUCAUCCUGGCCAGCGACGGCUACUACGCCAUGGUGGGGCAGGUGCACGGCGGCCUCAUGGGAGUCAUCCAGAGAGCCAUGGUCAAGGCCUGCCCCCACGUCUGGUUCGAGCGCUCCGAAGUGAAGGAUCGCCACCUGGUGGCCAGAAGGCUGACCGAGCACGUGCAGGAUAAAAGCAAGUUGCCCAUCCUCAUCUUUCCGGAGGGAACCUGCAUCAAUAAUACAUCAGUGAUGAUGUUCAAAAAGGGAAGUUUCGAAAUUGGAGCCACAGUUUACCCUGUUGCUAUCAAGUGUGGACCCUUGGACAGCUGCCUCCUCUCUGGAACACGGGCACGGCCAUUUUCCUCCCAUCCGAGGCUGAAGAAAGCCCACAUGUGAUUAAGAACUUCUCCCUCCCAAGUAAUCUUCUAGUUUUUGUGACACCGUCAUUGGUAACCAAACUUGCAUAACUUCAGCAGUUUCCAAGCUCUCCCUGCAUUUCCAUCAAAAGGAAGGCAUUGUCUGAUCUGGAGGAAGGUAUUGCUGAUCUGAGCAUUGGCCUUGCUUUUCUCUCCACGGUGUCUGCCCAGCAUGGAGCAGAGACGCAGGCCUCAACAGAGGGCUCUCACAUGUGAGGUCAGGGUUUCUCUCCGGUCCUGCUGCGUGAACUGUGGCCGUGUUUGCUUCCCGUCCCACAUGAGAUCCAUUCUCCCACAUUUCCUGCUGGUGGUGUAACGUGAGGCCAGUACGCCUUCAGGGCUACAUUUCAAGUUUUUAGUUUCUAUAAGUAAGCCUGAGUGCCUUCAUUUCUGUAGUCGGGUCUGCAGUUAGGCACAAUUUUCUUAACUUUUACUCUGAGAGUCAUAGAAUGCAGGCUUGAAAGUCCUGAAAGAAAAGCACGCAGUUCAAACCCAGCCCCCCGAAGCGUAAGCGGGUGCGCUCGGGCAUCUCGGCCGGUGUCCCUUCCCGAGGACCCCAGGGCGCGCCCACCGUGGUGGCCACCGAGUCUCGUGGGGCCUCCUUUGCUUUUCCACUUGGAUCCUGGGUGCUUGUGCUGCGGUCACUCUCCGUCUAGCGUCGCGUCUGGGAGAGCCCCAGACCCUGUGGCGGCUCAGCCUUAUCCUUCUCAGGCUUUCUCCUUGAGGACGCGGCCCCGCUCCCUGCCUCUGUGUCCCCUCCCAUCCCGCCUGCCCCGCUGCAUUCAUGUUUGGGAGAAUGUGGGUCACAGCGCUGGCUGCGUCGCCCACGACAUGCCCCUUGCCGGGGCCUUCACCAGAGGGGCGGGCAGGGGACAGCGUCCGAUGGGCGCUCCCCUGGGGAAGGCCUCUGUGCCCGGCCGCCCAGUCGGCCUCUUGGCUUCUCACAGUCAGCGAGCCCCGUGAAGGGUCAGGACAGAAGCAGAGCUUCCUCGCCAUCUGCUCCCGGGUCUGGGCUCCAGAGGUGGGCUUUGAAGGCUGGCCGUCGCGUAAGGAGGUCUCUCUCUCUGGGGAGCUGCAUGUCGAAGUGCUUGUGAGUGUGUGACGUGACGGGAGCAGGUGUGGGCACUCUGGUGAUUGUUGACUCGGGGCUGGAUCUGUGGAGCCGUGGUCCUGUCCUCUGCACGCAGGUUGGCUUGAGGACCUAAACAGUAGAUGCCGGAUGCCCGUGAGGGAGACAGGACGCGGCGGGGAAGAGCCGCCUCCCUGCUCUGCCGAGGAGGCAGACGCUGCUGGAGGCCAGCGGUGCCCAGGGUGCGCUGACUGGGGAAUGUUCGGGUCGUAAGGCAGGGAGCCGUGUUCUCCCGCUGACCUCGCCCCGGUUGGGGGGCAGUAUUUGGAAAGUUUGCUGUUCACACACACACACACACACACACACGUAGAGCCUGUGCACACACACAUGCACACACACACUGUUGAUACACACAAACACACACGCACACACGCAGCCUGUUGACACGCAUAUUGUUGACACACACACAUGUGCACACACUGACACACACUCUUGCACGCGCGCACGCACGCACACACACCCCGCCCUGUCA